AUGGCUUCUGAUACCAUCGGCACCCUCAACUACUUCCUUGCUCCAACUGACGGCUCUCGGCCUUACACUAACAUCAACGCAGACAGUACCACGGGAAAGCACACCCGAAACUGGAUCGAGGACCAGCAUGAUAUGCACAUUGAGAACGUGCGCGGAAAGGAGGAACUUUACAAACUUGACAAUGCUGGAUUUCAGUAUGGGCGAGAACCGGCAAAGCAUACCAGCUUCUUGAAUGAUGCCGAGAUUGAGCGUGAAUACUAUCCUGAGAGCAUCGACCUUAUCAAGAGGGUCACGGGAGCAAGUAGCAUUUUCAUCUUCGAUCACACUAUUCGUCGCCGUCGCCCAGGCGAGCCAGAUGAUAGCCCACAGAAGCGUCAACCACUCCCCUUGGUACAUGUGGACCAAACGACUUCGUCUUCCAUUGCUCGUGUUCAUAGGCAUCUCCCUCCAACAGAAGCUCCUUCCCUCCUUCGCAGACGCUUCCAAGUCAUAAACAUUUGGCGUCCUAUAUCACAUGCAGCCGUAGACUGGCCGCUUGCACUAUGCGACUUCCGGAGUGUCGAUGUCAAGAAUGACUUGCUACCUGUCGCUCUUAUAUUCCCUGACCGCGAGGGUGAGACAUUUGGAAUCACGUACAAUCCAAACCACCAGUGGAAAUACGUGGAAGCAAUGACCCCAGAAGAGUUUGUUCUUAUCAAAUGCUUUGACUCGAUACAAGAUGGCAGUGUCGCGAGGCUCGCCCCUCAUACUGGCUUCCAAGACCCGAAUACUCCAGAGGGAACGCCGUUUCGGGAAUCCAUCGAGCUGAGAGCUCUGGUAUUCUAUGACUAG